AUGACACCGUGGGAAAGCCGAGCGCUUCAAACGGAGGCGCUCCGGGCGAACCUGGACACACAGACGCGCCGGAGCGGCUACUGUGGAGACAGAACCAUGAAGAGAAACCACGACUUCAGCUCCUCGGACAGCGAGCUGGAUGAAACUAUCGAGGUGGAGAAGGAGAGCGCGGAUGAGAAUGGGAACAUGAGCUCUCCUCUCGGCUCCAUGUCUCCAACCACAUCGACUCAGGUGCAGGCGAGGAAGAGACGUCGAGGAAUUAUUGAGAAGCGGCGCCGGGACAGGAUCAACAACAGCCUGAGUGAACUCCGCAGGCUCGUCCCCAGCGCCUACGAGAAGCAGGGUUCAGCCAAACUGGAGAAAGCUGAGAUUUUGCAAAUGACUGUGGACCAUCUGAAGAUGCUCCAUGCUGCUGGAGGCAAAGGGUACUUUGAUGCUCACGCCCUGGCCAUGGACUACCGAGGGUUGGGUUUCCGGGAGUGCCUGGCAGAGACGGCCCGCUACCUGAGCAUCAUCGAGGGUCUGGACAGCACCGACCCCCUGCGGAUCCGCCUGGUCUCCCACCUCAACAACUACGCCACGCAGCGAGAGGCCCACUCCGGCCUCAGCCACCUGGCCUGGGGCUCUGCCUUCGGAUCCCCCCCGGCCCACCUGACGCACCCCCUGCUCCUCCAGCACCAGCAGGGCGCCCCGCUGGCGCCCCUGCCCCGCAGCACCACCAGCAGCCCCCAGACCCCCCUCUCGUCCACCUCAUCCCCCUCCUCCUCCUCCUCCUCCUCCUCUUCCUCGUCCUCCUCCUCGUCGUCCUCCUUGGCCGCAGAGACUCACGUCCCCGGCAGGCGCAGCGGCAGCGCCACCCCCCACUCGGACCAGGGCCCGGUCCGGGUCCCCUCCACCGGCGCCGCCCCCGCCGCCGUCCUGCACCCCGCCCUGAUCCCCUCGUCCACGUCCAAGAUCUCGCCUCCCCUGCUCUCCUCCCUGUCGGCGUUCCCCUUCGCCUUCGGCACCUUCCCCAUCAUCUCCCCCUCCACGGCGCUCAGCCCCCCGGCCCAGACGCCCAGUGUGGGCAAACCCUACAGACCCUGGGGCAUGGAGAUAGGAGCCUUCUGACUCACACACACUCUGCCCAGAGACUCCUUUCCCAGCUGAGCUGGACUCAAGGACAAGCCUUUAUUUUUUCCCAAUAAGAAAGUGCUAUUUUUUUUUUUUUCAAAGAUGUCGGCAUCCCACGAGGAUUUAUCUAGCUACAGUUUUUAUGUUGUUGUCUCCAUAAUGUUUUUGUUUUUUUUUUUUUUUUUUGUAUAGAAAAAGUGCUGAGGGGGGGAGACCUCGGCUAAAAAGCUUCGGCGGUGAAUUACGGCGUUGAUUGAUCUUUGUCCCUGCCCGCCCCCUUUAGAAGUUACCCUCACUGAAGUGGGCCUAUCAGGAAUGGCUUUUCCAGAUGGUCAAGCAGUCGCUGCCUGUCAGGUUCCUGGGUGAAAGUGCCCCCUCCCUUUGUUUUCCUGAGCUGCUGGUGCCCUGGAUACAGGGCGGGUGAUGGGAUGGGGGGAGUUGAGAGUCGCCCUGUUUUUCUUCUUUUUUUUUUCUUUUUUUUUUUUUUUUACAGCAUUUUAUGGGGUGGAAUAACUGAAACCAGGUGUUUUGUUGAUGAAAUACUAGGAACAGAAGUUUGCUACCAGCUUGCUUAGAAAUAAACUUCACCACAAUUUAUCAAACACUUGUAAUGCCCCAUAUGGUGCUGCGUUGUUUCAGCCCGUGUCCGAAACGUGUGUUUUCCUCUCUCUUCAGUAAAUCCAGCCGUCAACGAUCAAUGCUUCCUUGUGUUUUAACCCACUUUUUGUCUAAUGUAAAUUAUGUUAGGUUGGGUUCUGUCUCAUGUUCUUCUGGCUCUGGCGUAUGUUCUCCCAGGAGCACCAGGCCCUGAAACUCAGUCUUGCAUUUGCAGAUACAAAUGCAUCGUUUCCAGCAAAUCCCACUGCGAGUCUGUAUGUUUUAAGGUUGUACAAAGCACAAACAAACACUGACAAAUCUCAGCUUUUCAAAGAUGCUGCUGGUGGUAAUGACAACUUCCCUGCAAUAA